AUGAGGAUCAUAUCCCUUCUUGCUGCCGUCGCCAUGGCCUUGGUCAACCCCGUUUCCGGCCUGCCUGGUGGAGCGGCAACACCAAAGUGUCCGGCCCCCGCCCACCACCAGCCCGUCACGCACAUCGUCAUGUUUCAGUUCAAGAAUGGCACGCGAGAUGUUGCCAAUACGUUGGCUUCCAAGUUCUUCGCCCUCAAGGACACCUGUAUCCUGCCCACCGGAGAGCCGUAUAUCGAGGCCUUGACCGGCGGCAAGGACAACUCCAAUGAGAAUAUUCAGGGUGGCGUUGGGAAUACCGACAACAUCACCGACGUCUUCGUCGCCAAGUUUCGAUCCGUCGAGGAUCGGGACUAUUAUGUCGACAAAGACCCGGUCCACGAGGUCUUCAAGAAUUAUGUUGGCACCCUGAUCAACAACGGGACGCUGGUCGGGAAGAAGGUUCAGGUCGUCGACUACACGCCAGGCGUCUUUUGA